AAGCGUCCGAGAUUUUUAGAGACACCAAACAACGAAACCCUACUCCUACUGCUUCUUCAUUCAUUACUCAUUUUUAGGGUUUCCUUGUUCCCAUCUAUAUAUUCACCAAUCUAACAAGCCCCCCUUUCGGGUUUUGAUCUUCUAGGGUUUUUUAGAAAAAAACACCAGCAAAACAACAAUGGCAACCAAAACAACUUCUCAACAAUCCAUUGCAAAACCAGAAAAGAGGAAGCCAGUGUUCAUCAAGGUUGAUCAGUUGAAACCUGGUACCAGUGGUCAUAACGUAACUGUUAAAGUUGUGAGUUCUGAAUCUGUUAUGCCCAAAGGUCGAUCAGCUACUCAGAAUUUCCGUAAUACUCGUAUCGCUGAAUGUCUUGUUGGUGAUGAAACUGGUACCAUCCUUUUCACUGCUCGUAAUGAACAAGUUGAUUUAAUGAAGCCAGGAGGUACUGUGAUUCUGCGAAACGCAAAGAUUGACAUGUUCAAGGGAUCAAUGAGGCUUGCAGUUGACAAAUGGGGUCGUGUGGAGGUUACAGAACCUGCAAAGUUUGUGGUGAAGGAGGAUAACAAUCUCUCUUUGGUUGAGUACGAGUUGGUGAAUGUCGUUGAAGAGUGAUUGGUUUUCGGUUGCAUAUAUAUGAUCAGGAGAAAGAAGGCUUUAAGUUGUUCAUGGUUGGUUUUAAUCCUUCUUGUUUGUUGGUUGUCUGGAUGCUAUUGGUGUAUAGUUUUUUAGUUUUCGGAUGGAACAAAAGUUUAGUGGUGGUAUACAAAAUUCACUGGUGCUGGUAAUAUCUUUUCUUAUAUUAAAUACUUAUAGGUGUUUUGCUUUAGGUUUACCUUAAGAGUAUCCAUUUUGGUAAGCUGGACGGAUGUAUCGCUGCAUUCAUCUCUCUAGUUGGUAUAGUACCCUUUUGAAUCUGGGGAAGUAAGACAUCUAUCUAAUCUAAUGUUAAUAAUAAGUUCUAAUUCGUUGUUGUUUUAUGAUGGAAGAUUUAAUUUCCUGUUAACUUGCUUGUUUUGUAAGUUCAGCAGUGAGUUCUCCGUGAUUGUUCAUCA